CUGUAUCAUAAUAUAGUGAUAUUAUCUAGGUUACAUCAUAGCGUAUGAUAAUCACAGCGUGUAGAACACUGAGGAACGCAUAUGUAACCAUGGAUAUUUCUCUAAAUAUUCUGGUCUUGUUUUGUUUCUUAAAAGUGUUUACAGCAGUUUAUGGCGCAAGACCAUCUUUCAUUAUUCCGGUUACAAAUAUCACAGUUGUAGAAGGAAAUACAGCCAUGUUGCCUUGUGCUGUAAAAAACCUUGGCGAUCAUAAGGUAAUAUGGACAAGUCCUUCACGGUUAUUAUUGACCCACAUGGAUCGUAGAAUAAUAGAUGACACUCGUUACUCCGUAGAAAGACCAUUUAGCAGUGACUGGAACCUGCGCAUUCAAAAUGUUAGGUCCAGUGACAGAGGUAACUAUAUCUGUCAAGUAAACACCAAUCCGGUCAUAUCAACAAUUGUCAUCCUUGACGUUAAAGUUCCUGCACAGAUUAGACAUGAUGUUUCAAGCAGAGAUGUGAUAUUGAAAGAAGGUGAAACAUUGUCUCUACAAUGUAACGCCACCGGGAUUCCGCAGCCUACAGUCAAAUGGUAUAAACUACAAUCAGGACACAAGCAGGACAUUAACAGUUCUGGUGGGGUGCUGACAAUACCAAAUGUAACCAGAAAGAAUGCCGGUACAUACGAGUGCGUGGCUUUUAAUGGCUGGUCAGACAGCAGGCAAAUUGGCGUCGUCAUACAAAUUGCUCCAAAGGUGAACAUCCCCUACAAAAGGGUUGGUCAGAGUGUAGGGAGAGAAGUCAUAUUGGAUUGUGAAAUUACAGCUGAUCCAUUGGCUGAUAUGCACUGGCUAAAGGGUAACAUCAGCCUUCACAACCUGAACAAUGACAAAUACCAGACGGAACUCUACAGUAGUGACACAGACAAUAUCACAAAAAACCUGUAUUUGACAAUAAUACACCUGCAGAAAGAUGACUUUGGGAAUUAUACAUGCUUUGCAAGCAAUUCCAUAGGCACAGAUUAUGACACUGUGAAAGUAUAUGGUAAAAUGUUCCCUUGAGUUUUUUAUUGUUGU